CUAGCUUUCCUCCUCGCUAGUCCUCCAGGCUGUGGCAAGACAUUGAUUGCCAAAUUGAUGGCCGAAGAAGAGAAACGCGCUCUAGUCCGCAUCGCAUCAAGCGAUCUCGGUGAGCACCCCUGCGACGUCGAGCGAAGUCUCGGAGCUCUCCUUGAACUGGCCCUACGCGCUUCCGCAGUCGUUCUCAUCGACGAGGCCGAUAUGAUCCUGGCGAAGAGAGCCAAAGGCGGCUCCAUUGGGGACUACUUUCACAACUGCAUCGUGGCAAUUUUCCUCAAGCAUCUUGAGUAUUUCCCGGACAUCAUCUUCCUGACUACCAAUCUCGAAGAGGACAUCGACCCGGCC